CUCCCCCUUGCGUGUUUUGUUUUUUUAUUCUAUUAGAAUCAUUUUAGCAAUCUUUUGAUAGGUUGGGUUAAGUUGUUCAUCUCCCAUUUUCAAUUGAUGGGAAUUGAAUCUGUGAAGUAAGCUUCCCUUUUUGUGAUCUUUGAGAGUUUGUGCGUCCUGUGAAUCUAAUAAUCAGAACCUGAAAAUGUGGAAGCCAUCUUCGUCUUCUUCUUCUUCUUCUUCAAGACUUAUCUAUGCUUUCCUCAAACUUCAUUCCAAUUGUCAUCGAGUCAACCCCUUUGCCAUCCCUUCUUCUUCCUCCUCCUGUUCUAAUGGUUUCCACCAACUCUCUUCAAAUCCCACUUCCUCGAAUGCUGGUCUUUCCCAAUUUCUGUUUCGCUCAGCCCACCAAACUACCCCUUUGAGAAACCGUUACAUUGCUAGACCCAACCCCUUUUCCCCGUCUGGGUUGAGGUUCUUUUCCUUUAAACCCUCUAAUUUCGGUCAGAAAUUUGGUGGGAGUUUCACCAAAAACGCUUUCCAGAACCCGGCUAAUGCCUUCAGGUCCACUCUGUCGAGGUACCGUGAGGCUAUUGGUUUACAUUUGGAAGCCUUUUUCAAGAAGAAUUACUUGAUUCUGUUUGGUGCUGGAGGAGUUCUGCUCUGUGUUUUGCUCUGGAGGAUUAUGUUCGGUAUUGCUAACUCUUUUAUUGGCCUCUCUGAAGGAAUGGCAAAGUAUGGCUUUCUUGCCCUUUCCACUGCAAUUGUUUCUUUCGCUGGCCUGUAUUUUCGCUCAAGGUUCACAAUAAAUCCUGACAAAGUUUAUAGAAUGGCCAUGAGAAGGCUUAACACGGCUGCUGGGAUUCUUGAGGUUAUGGGUGCACCUCUUACCGGAACAGAAUUGAGGGCUUAUGUGAUGUCUGGAGGUGGACUUACUGUGAAGAACUUCAAGUUAAAACUUAGGAGCAAGCGGUGUUUUCUUAUCUUCCCUAUCCGAGGUUCUGAGAGAAAGGGUUUAGUGAGUGUUGAAGUGAAGAAGAACAAGGGCCAGUAUGUUAUGAAACUAUUAGCAGUAGACAUUCCCAUGGCAUCAGGGCCUGAUCAGCGGCUCUUCCUGAUUGGUGAUGAAGAAGAGUACAAGGUUGGUGGUGGAUUAAUCUCUGAGCUAAGAGAUCCUGUAGUGAAAGCAAUGGCAGCAACCAAGGAAUUUGAUGACCUUGACCAAAUUGAGGAAGAGGAGGAUGCUGAGCGAGAACUUCAAGAGGCUGAAAGGAAGCACCGUGAAGAAAUUGAAAAGCUUGAAAAAGGUGGCAAUCAAUGAUUGCUUGCUAGAUUUUGUUCUUGCCCCUUCUUCCUUUCUUUUGUGCACUGAGGUUUCUGAAUGUUUGCUUGAGGCUUUGACAAAUCUGGAUAAAUUGAGUUGAUGUAGGAGUGCCCUGCAUCUGUAGAAGGUUCACCUGCCUUAUACUGCUUGUGGCCACUGCAAAUAUUUUUAAGGUGUUAUAGUCAAAUGGCCCUAUUGUAACAAAUAAAUCUUACAAUUGAUGUACUGUGCAUACAUGACAUACAGUUUUUGCCAUUCA